AUGGGGAGUAUCGACCUAGCAUCUCAGGCGCGCAUACUUUGUCGCCAGAACCGCCUGACCAAUACGUCUGGCAUCGCCCCGGGCUAUCUCCAAGCCAAUUUGCUGGUUUUACCUGCCAGAUAUGCCCCCGAUUUUCAAGAUCUUUGUCUGCGCAACCCAGUAUCAUGCCCUUUGCUAGGCAUGUCGGUCACUCCUGGUGACCCAUACACGAUCAAGCCCGCAGGAUGUAUUCGGUCUGCGGAUUUCGACCUAAGGACGGAUUUCCCCCAGUACCGUAUUUACAAAUACGGAAAAUUCAUUGAGGGUCGCAGUGACCUCCUCGAUGUAUGGACCUCAGACCAUGUGGGUUUUCUCAUCGGGUGCUCUUUUUCCUUCGAGGAUGCUUUGACGGCCGCAGGCCUCCAACCACGUCAUCAGGAGACUGGAUCGAUAGUCGCGAUGUAUCGAUCAAAUAUUCCGCUUUUACCCGCAGGAAUUUUCACUGGGGCGCAUUGCAUUGUCUCUAUGCGGCCGUAUAAGCCAGAUCAGAUAGAACAGGUGCGAGAGGUGACCCGGCCGUAUCUCUCCACUCAUGGUGAGCCGGUGGCUUGGGGAUGGGACGGGGCUAAACAGCUAGGAAUCUUCGAUGUUGGUCAACCGGAUUUUGGAGAGCCGCAAGUCUUUCGGGAGGGGGAAGUUCCCGUGUUUUGGGCAUGCGGCGUCACACCUCAGAUGGCGGUUGAAUCCGCAGGUCAUCAUAUCAAUGGACUGAUAUUCGCUCAUGAGCCUGGCCAUAUGCUGGUGACAGAUUGGACAUCUCAGGAUCUGCAGGAGUUGCGAUCAAGUAACAUGUAA